AUGACUGGUGACUCAGGGGACUUAGGUCAUAGCACUGAAGUUCAAGCAAUCUACAAAAUCUGUCGCCCGGGUGAGGAAGAGGAAAUGCGAAAUUUAGUUUUUGAUAACUACAAGCUCCUCUGGCAUGGAUGUGGUACAUCCAACUUCAUUAGUAUUCUACACAGAGGUCUGCUGGUCGCCCCCACAGGAAUCCCGAUUACUGGUCACUUGUUUGGAGAGGGGAUUUAUUCAUCAGAUUCCUUUGCCAAAAGUAUGAACUACUGCUACAAUUCCAGCAGUGAUUCUGAAGUAAAACUUGCUUUAUUAUGUGAGGUUGCUCUAGGUAAAGAACAGAUCAAGGAACCUAAUAGUGGAUAUUUUGAUAGCGAAUUAAAUGAUACUGACUUCAGAAGUCGUGUUGUGGAGGGUAAAAAGCGGCCUGAUGAGGACUUCACAGUGACCAUGCCUGGAGGAUAUAGCAUCCCUCUUGGUAUGUUGAAAGAGACAGUGAUAAGGAACGAUAAAUUUUUCUAUAACUACCCAGCAUACACAGAAUACAUAGUAGAGGAUCCGCGGCAGGUUUGUCUGAAAUACCUGGUACAGUUCACCAAGGGCAGUGCAAGAUAAUACCGACCCCCAGUACUAACACUGGCUGGACAGGGGUCAGGGCUAACUCAUGGAGGCUUGCUCUCUGUAAACCUUGUAUGCUCAUAGUUAUCAUUCAGGUACAAAACCGUGGAUCAUUUACUCCCGACAGUCCACACAAAUCAAAUAACUUGUUAUCACUGUACAUUAAUGUACAAAUAUGUUGAUGUCUGGCACACUCUGUAGUGAAUUUGUUGGACUGCGUUUUUUGUGUCGAGAAUUAUUAUUAGAGACAAUGAUUUUUAUUCUACUUUAUUAUCACUGAUAUGAGAUGUGUGGUAGAUCCAGUAUUGUUGACCUGUGGUGGAAAUACUACUCUGUUGUUUGUGAUAUAUUGAGUUAUGGUAGCUAUGUUGUUCUCAUCUAUGUGUAGAUCAUCUCAUUAUUCAAAGAAAGAAUUUUUCUCUUACCAAUCUUUGU